AUGGAAAACGACGACGAUUCGUCAACGAUCAGUCAUUCGGGCGUUGCCAAUUCAUCGGGUGAUGGAGCAAAGGCCAAGAGGCCGAGAGCCAGCAAAUCGCUGCUCGUCUCGUUCAAACCGGGCAGUAGCAGAGACGUGCAUCGAGGCACCUCUACCGAUUCGAGCCUCUACUCGGCGACAACUGGCACCUCUGCGUCAUCUUUGGCCAAUCGGCAGCAACAGCAGCGAGUAGCGGCGCCAUCUCUGCCUUAUUCCUCGUCCACGUCUUCCCUUUCGUCUCUUCAGCACCAGCCGUCUUCGCCCUCGCCAACGCGAACAUACGCUACGCCGCAGCCGAUCCAAUUCGAACAUCACCAGCUGCAUCCCUGCAGCCUCGCGCCAAGAGGAUUGGAUUUGGAAGCGACCUCCGCCUCUUCGGCUUCCUCCUCUACAUUGGCCGCCGCGGCCAAGGGCGGCGACGCGGCCGCCCGCAACCAGUUGCUCCUGGCCUCCCUCAUCGACCCACCGCCCGAGGACGAAGAGGAGAUGGUCUUCCUGCCACACGAGAAGCCCUCUUCUCGCCCCGGGCCAACUGUGGGCACGUUCUUGGUGACGACGAUGAUGCUCUCCUCGAGCGCUGGCGUCCGCCUGACGAUGGUGAUGGUGGUGAUGAUGUGUUUUUCCCCCAAGGGCGCGUCGGCACGUCCGUCGCCGGGCUCGUCGCUGGAGGCGAUCGCCAAGGACAGGCACUAUGCCAAAGGCGAGAAGGUGCCGUUCGACGAGGACCGCGAACACGAAUUCAAGCAACUCCACAAUGUCGACAAGCCGGUGAAGAGGAUCGCAGACUACUGUGGAAAGUAUAUUAACGCCUUCCUCAACACCAACGGCGGCGUGUGCUACUUCGGCAUCGACGACGAUGGCGUAGUCUACGGCGUUCAUCUUUCCCGGUCGGACAGGGACGCAAUUCGUCUUCACGUGGACGGCAUCGUCGAGUCAUUUUGGCCCGCGGUCGACACGCGCACGUGUGCCAUCGUGUUUGUGCCCGUGGCCGAUCCCUGCCCCAAGGACACGUUCGUGAUGGAGCUGCACGUGUCCAAGGGUACGGCGCCGGUGUAUCUGAUGAGCAAGAACAAGCCCACGGCCUACAUGCGACGCUCGGGGAGCAUCUACCAGAUGUCCAUGGAGAUGAUCCUCCAGCGCAUGAACUUCACCAUGGGCUCCUCCGGCUCCGUGUUCCAGCCGCUCCAGAAUACGCUGACGUACAAGCUGGGGAAUGUGCCCAGGAAUUUUGUGGGUCGUCAGACCGAGCUGGAAGAGAUACUCGACCAGGUCGAGGGCAGCGAAGACCACGUCAAGGUGGUCUCCCUCUACGGCCAAGGCGGCGUGGGCAAGACCACGCUCUCCAGGCGCAUCGCUGCGGCUAUGGCUUCGGCCUAUCCCGAUGGUCAGUUCUGCAUUCAACUGAACGGUUCCACGCCAAACCCCAUCAAGACCUACGACGCCAUGCUCUACGCGAUCCGAGCAUUUCAUCCCUCGAUCACCAUGCCCUCUUCGCCGACCGAGGUCGAGGGCUACUACCUGUCCUGCUUCAACCAAAAGCGCUCCGUGCUGCUUCUGGACGACGCCGGAAGCAAAGAGCAGGUGCUGUCGCUGCUCCCGAAAUCGACGUGUCUGGUGAUCGUCACAUCGCGUCGGAGCCUGGGCCUCGAUGUAGAGAUUGGGGCCGUGUGCGUGAAGAAGCUCGGCAAGCUGUCGCUGCCCGAGGCCAUCGCCAUGGUGCAGCAGAUGACCCGCGGCAAGGUCACCGAAGAGCAGGCGGCGCAGCUGGCCCAGCUGUGCGGCUACCUGCCGCUGGCCGUGCAGGUGGUGAGCGCCACCCUGGCCAAGCAGUCCAACCUCCGGCCGGAGGCCAUGAUCCAGCGACUAACCGAAAACAAGGGUGAGAUCUUGCGACUGGAGGGCAACACGCUCGAGCUGUGCAUCAAGGCCUCGUUCGAGUUGCUGUCGCCGCGCCUGCAGCACCUCUUCCUGCCGCUCUCCAUCUUCCCCGGCAGCUUUGACGAGGAGGCCGCGGCGCACGUGCUGGACGUGGACGCGCAGACCGCGCAGGAGGCCCUGUCCGAGUUCCUCACCAACAGCUUGCUGGAGCACAACCCGGUGACGUGGCGCUAUCACCUCCACUUCACCGUCCGCGUCUUCUCCACCGUGCUUGCCCAGAAAAUCGAACAAGAACAAUCACCAACCGCCAAAUCAGAUAUGGGCAGCAGCGGCGAGGUGCUGGCGGGACUGGGCGACGAGAUGGUGGUGAAGUUUGCGCUGUGGAAGGAGCGCUUCGUGCUGCACUACCACGACCUCAUAAAGCGGUUCCAGACUCUCUACAAGCGCGGCGGUGACUACAUCCUCUCCGGCCUCGAGCUCUUCGAUCAGAACAAGCACAAUUUCGAAGAGGCCAUGCGACUCUCCAUCACAGAACUGCCUCUUCUGCUCGUUCGCGAGGGCGGGGCAGGACAUCUUCCGCGCCCGCUUCAAUCAGUCGAAGCUCAUGGAGCUCUACCGCGACUUCCUCACCGCCGCCAAGCCCGAGUUGAUCGUCCUCGCGGCCGCAGCGGGCAGGCCGUGCUCAGCAAGGCGGUCAACGCCGAGGACGAUGACCAAGAACAGGAGCAGGACUAUCAGGACAUCGACGACGCCGACUAUGUGAGCGCCAGCCCCAACGCGACGGGCGGCAAGACGUCGCGCCGGGCCUCGCUCAGCACCGGCGCCGCCGCCGCCGCCGCAGCUGCCGCCGGCGAGAACUCGAGCGAAAGCGAAAGCGAGCUGGUCGAAGACGACGACCUCGUGUUCGUGCUGAACGAGCUCGGCCAGGCCUUCGCCGCGCAGGGCCAGUACCACACGGCCGAGGCCUACUAUCAUCACGCCCUCCGCAUCUCCGAAAAGCACUCGGCCAGCAACGGCGCGGCGGACGACGCCACUGCCACUGCCUUCAGUGCCGCUGGACCGUCGGCCGACGAUAUUGGGAGCGCCACCGGCGACGCAGUGGAGACCACGCCGGCGGCGACGACCUGCGAGUCCGCGCCCAUUCCGAUCCCGCGGGCCAAUUCGGACUUUGCGUCGACGGCGUCGUCAUCGGCCGCAUCGGCGUCGCCGCCGCUCGGGCGGGCCGCCGGUUCGUGGUUGGCCCCCGCGUUGGCGUCGCCGAUCUCACUGGCAACUGAGCACGAGACCAAACGCUGGAGACGCAACCUGGCCACCACACUCCACAACCUGGGCAAACUCUACGGCGAACAGUGCAGCUACACUGCGGCAGUCGAGCACCUGCAGCGAGCACUGGACCUGCGGCAGCUGAUGUGCGGCCGCGAUGUCAGCGAGGGGCGAAAACCGCGCGGACAGGAGACCGAAGGCAAGAAGCGCAUGCGCCGGGGCAUGGAAGACCGGGAGAUGGUCGGCGAGAGCAUGCUCGCCCUGGGCGCCUGCUACACCCAGCUCGGCAAGUACGAUGAAGCGGAGCGACAGUUCAAGGCGGUGCUGAGCCUGUACCGGCCGACCACGUCGUCGCCGCUCAUCAACGCCAUCACGCGCCUGUCGCCGCCCAGCGAGCUGAUCUCGGGCUCGUCCCUCGCGUCGACGCCGCCGUCCCUCGCGUCCGUCAUGGCGGCCGGCCUGCCCGCCAACCUCGACCAAGAGAUCGAGGUCGACGAGGAAAUGGAGCGACAGCGACUACGCGACGAGCUCAAGCUCAGCAAACUCGGCUCCACUGACUCUCACGGCCUGCAGGUGGCGGCGUGCUUGGACCACCUGGGCGCGCUCCUGACGAUCCGCGGCAAGUACAUGGAGGCCUUCUCGCUCCACUCGACCUCGCUCGGCAUGAAGCAGAAGCUUCUGGGCUCGAGUCAUUUGGAGGUCGCCCGUACCCGCCACUAUCUGGCCAAGGUGCUCGGGCUCGCCGGUAGAUACAAGGAAGCGAUUCAGGAAUACGAGGUGUCGCUCCGCAUCAGGGAAGACUGCCUUGGGCCGAGCCACCCCCUCGUGGCCAAUUCCCUCCGUCACAUCGCCUUCCUCCAUUUCUACACCGGCGAAUACGCGCAAGCCGAGAAAAUGUAUGCCAAGGCACUCAAGAUGCUGAAGGACGUGUUCGAUCGUCCGCACCUCGAAGUCGCCAUCGUGCUGAACGAUCUGGGCCUUAUCUACAACCACCAGUCGCGCUACGCCAAGAGCCAGCCGCUGCUGCGACACUCGCUCGCCAUCCGCAAGAAGCUGCUGGGCAAGCGCCACCCGUACAUCGCCGUCGUGUUCAACAACCUGGGCAACAUGUACCGCAAGCAGCGCAACUACGAGAGCGCCGAGAAGUACCUCCUGAAGGCCCUCGCCAUCCGCGAGAACUGCUUCGGCAAGGAGCACCCCGAGGUCGCCCGAAGCCUCCACAACAUCGCCGCCCUGCGGAUGGCUCAGAAGAGGUACCCGGAGGCGCAGGCGCUGUUCCAGCGGUCGUUGGAGGUUCGGUCGAAGGUGCUGGGCCACUUCCACCCGGAGCUCUCGGCCGUCCACAACGCCAUCGGCAACCUCCACGAGUGCCAGAAGGACCUCACCGGGGCCAUCGCUCACUACAACGUCGCCCUGCAGCUCAAUCGCAAGGCAUUUGGAGACUACCACCCGUCGAUAUCCACCAACUACUACAAGCUGGGCAACUGCUACCGCCUCAUGAAAAGGUACGCCGAGGCGGAGCCGAUGCUGCAGGCGUCGCGUGAUGUGUGCUUCCGCUGCUUCGGCGAGGAGGAGGACCACACCAACGGCGGCGGCCUGGGCCAACCAUCGCGGGUCUCGCGCGACCACCGCAUCACCCCCGGCCACGAGCGCAUCCUCCAAAGCGACGACACGCUGCAAAAGUUCUACAAGGAGUGGGCCGAGUACAUCGUUUUGCAGUCGCGCGAGAAGCGACGGCUCGAGGACAAGGCCGCCGCCGCCGCAGCCUCCGACGCCUCUGCGUCGCAGGCAUCCCCGCCCGCUGCAGUCGAUGACGAGGCCGCCGCCGCCGCCGAAGCCGAGGCCGACCGCCAGCGCCUCAAGGAGGCCCGCAGGCGGCGCCGCGAGCGCCGCCGGCAGAUGAAGCGCGAGGGCACCUGGGUCGAGGGCCAGGAGCUGGACGAUGAGGCCGACUGGUACUACGCCGCGCAGGACGCGGAGGAGGCCAAGGAGGACGAGAAGUUCAAGCGGUGCAUCGAGGUGCUGAAGCGCAUGGGCCGCGAGGAGGACCUGGCCGAGGUCAUGCGCAUCGAGCAGCGGCUCCACAAGCUGCGCGAGCACCGGCGCCAGCGGCUCGAGAAGGAGCGCACCGAGCGCGACGCACAGCGCAAGGCCAGUGGUGGCGGCGAUGCGAAGGCCAAGGCCGAGCGCUACAGCGAGAGCGAGAGCGAAAGCGACACGAGCGAGGGCGAGGCCGCGGCCAAAAAGAAAGCGGAGGAGGUGAACAAAGCGACGGCAGAGACGGCGGACAAACACGCGGGCAAGGUGAAGCUGAAGAAGCUGACCAAGAACCAGAGGAAGCAGCUCAUGGCCCUGAAGCUGGCCGCCAAGGCAGCUGAAGCCACCAGCGAGCACGCCCAGCACAAGAAGCGAAAAUGGAACGACGAGCAGCAGCCGACCGAUCGAGCAGAAUACGGGGCGGGGCCGCACCAGCACCACCACCGCCAGCAGCAGCAGCAGCAGCACGCAGUGGUGGUCAUCACGGUGCGCCAUCUGGUGGCCCUCGUGCUGGCCCUCGUAACGCUCCCCGUCUCCCUCCUUGCCCUCUACCUCUACUUCAUCUCCUCCUAA